AUGAGUUAACUGAAGAAAUUAAAUCAGCAGGUUAAAUAAGUGAAAUGCAUAACACUAUCCGCUAAUUAAUCUCAUCAUUCUCAUCAGUCAUCAGUGAAAACUCUACCAAAACCAAUAGCAUCCCGUCCUGUAACUGCGAUUACUAGGAAUACUAAUAGAGUGGAGGCUGUGAAAAUAGAUUUGGUCAAAUAGAAAAAGCAAAUAACAAAUAUUAGCGUGACUAGAUCUACUUCUUCUGCUCGUACAAGAUCUGCUUCUAAUGGACCCAAAGAGGAAAAAAUCCCAAGAAUUUUAGGAGACUUAUUAGGUCCUGAAGUUGAUUUGGCAGAUUGCUAGGAUUUCUUAUUGUAAUUGAAUGAGCCACAAUUUAAGAUGGAUGAAGACUUAAUGAAGGAACGUGUGAUUUUGGCUAAUAGGAUAGCAAAUACAAUUAAGGUGAAAAAAAGAAUACCGACAACCACAGCAGAUUAUUAUAAGCUGUGUUCUGUUAUAGGGAAAGGCGCUUUUGCUAAGGUUUGCUUAGGAAUUCAGAUUUUGACAGGAGUAAAAGUGGCAAUGAAGAUUAUUGAGAAAUCAAGUCUCAAAAAUGAAAGUGCCAAAAAAAGGUUGAUGCAAGAAAUCACUUUAAUGAAACUCUUAUAGCCAUACAAAUGUUGUAUUCGAUUAUAUGAAGUCUUCGAAACCAAAAGAUAAAUCUAUUUAAUUAUGGAAUAUGUUGAAGGAGGAGACUUAAUCAAGUUUACCAAAGAAAAACCAUUAUCUGAAUAGAUGGCCAAGAAUAUAUUUGGAUAAUUGGUGUUAGCACUUUAAACAUUGCAAAAUCAUAAUAUACUACAUAGAGAUAUUAAAUUAGAUAAUAUUUUAUUGUAAGGGGAAUAAAUUAAACUGUGUGAUUUCGGUGUAAGCAGAUAGAUUGUAAAGGGACAAAAAAUACUAGAAUAAUGUGGAACUCCUGCUUAUUUGGCCCCAGAAAUAAUGACAUAAAAGACUGGAUAUGAGGGUUUCGCUAGUGAUAUCUGGAGUUCGGGAGUCCUUCUGUAUAUUUUAUUGGUUGGCAAAACGCCAUUCAAGGGCAAUAACAUGAAUGAACUCAAUCAGUAGAUUUAGAGUGGACUCUUGAAUUUUAUGGAAAUUAAAAAAGCCAAUCUCUCAAAUGAAGCAGUGGAUUUGAUGAAAUCAAUUCUAAAUAUCAAUCCAAAAUUGAGAUUUACAUUAAUGGAAAUCAUGAAACAUACUUGGAUGAAAGAAAUCGAUUUUAAAUAAAUUAAAUAAUAACCUAAUACAAAUUUAGAUUUAAGAAUUAUUUGUUAGAUUGAAUAAUAUGGCUACUAAAGAGAAGUUAUAAUCAAAACUUUAUAAAGCAAGACAUUAAGCCACAUAUCUGCUCUUUAUUGGGCUUUAUAUUAGUGA